AUGGCCAGCCCUGCCAUAAAAAGAAAAUCGGAGCAUCUCUCCACCCCUGACUCGAAAAAACCCAAAGGUGGAAGCAUCACUGCAUUCUUUGGAGCUCCAAAGCCGAAACCCCCGAACAAUCAAUCAACUUCAGCACCGACCCCACGUCCAAGCAGCUUUGAUAAGGAAAAAUGGGUUGCUUCCCUGACGCCAGAACAAAAGGAACUCUUGCAGUUGGAAAUCGAUACCUUGGAUGAGAGCUGGCUCGCUCACUUGAAGGAUGAAGUGGUCAGCACUGAAUUCUUGAACUUGAAGCGCUUCCUAAAAAAGGAGAAAGAUUCCAAAGUUAAGGUCUUUCCACCAGAGGAGGAUGUCUAUUCUUGGUCCCGAUACACACCACUGCACAACGUCAAAGUGGUCAUCAUUGGGCAGGAUCCGUAUCACAAUCACAACCAAGCUCAUGGGCUAUGUUUCUCCGUCCGUACCCCUGUGCGAGCCCCGCCAUCAUUGCUCAAUAUCUACAAGGGUAUCAAGAUCGACUAUCCCGACUUCGAAUCACCGCCCGAUAAGGGAGGGCUACUCAUACCUUGGGCGGAGCGUGGCAUCCUGAUGCUCAACACUUGCCUUACUGUUCGUGCCCACCAGGCCAACAGUCAUUCCAACAAGGGCUGGGAGAAAUUCACACAGAAGGUUAUCGAUCUCGUUGCUCGGGUACGAACCAACGGCGUCGUCUUCCUUGCUUGGGGCCGGCCUGCCGGAACCAGAGUGGCAAAAAUCAACAAAGAGAAGCAUUGCAUCUUACAAUCCGUGCACCCCAGUCCUCUGAGUGCGCAUAAUGGCUUUUUCAAAAAUGGACACUUCAGGAAGUGCAAUGAUUGGCUUGCUUCACGGUACGGACAAGACGAAAUCAUUGAUUGGAGCUUAGUGCCGUCCAAAAAACCCCUGUUGGCUCCUUGCGUUUCUGAUAAGGAAGAUUCGACCGCUUUGGUCAACAACGUGCCAGUUGAGCCUCAAUCUGCGAAGGUUGAAGAUGCCAAAGUCCAGCCUGGGGAGUUUGAUGAGUUUGAUGAUGAUGACGCUGUUGAAGCCCUGGUAGCAGCUGAAGCAGCGAAAGCUUCUUCAAAUCCAGUUUAG